CGCAUCACGACCUUAAUCGCCAUAUCGUUCAAUCCAAUCCCCCCUCACAAUCCCUCAAAAUGACCGGCCGACACAAAGCAAUCCGUCUUCCACCCCUCAAGACCCUGCGCGUCCACAACCCCAAGCGCCAGGUCGAGAAUCCCUGUAUCGCUAUCAUGUCCAGCGUUCUCGCAUGCUGGGCCUCAGCAGGUUACAACGCAACAGGCUGCGCAGCAGUAGAGAACCAGCUCCGCAAAUGCAUGGACGGUCCGGCUCCUCCCCCCGCGGGCACGAAUACGAUUAACUACCAUCUCGCACGAAUGCAAAAGUACAUGACCGGGCCAAGGAAGCAAAAGUAAACCGGAUUAAAAGAAGAAGAAGAAGAAGAAGAAG